AUGGACUCCAACAAUAUCAACCAUCUUAUUCUACUCUUAAAGUCCUGCAGUUCACAGAAUAUCAAUGCGGUUCCUGCAGUUUUAAAUAACCUCGUGUAUUUCAUCCCAAGGAUUCAAAUAGAAUCAAGUCUGGUAGAUUUAGUUUAUGCAUUCGUUGAAUCUCCUUUAUUGAUACAUAUUAAUCCGUUAGAGCUAUUUGAAGCUGGGCAUGCUAUUUUUAAAUGGAAGUUGCAAAUUUCCGAACCUACAGUCAGUUUGCAUGACUUUUUCAGUAUUUGGAAUGAUUGUUUCAAUCUUUGUCAAUCCUGGACUUUACCCAAAUUAUCUAUUUUAUGUGGUAUACUCACAAUGAAAAAUGAAUAUGAUUCUUUACAAAAAACAUAUUAUGUUGAUGAUAGUGGACAAUUGGCCAAGAUAUUUCAAAGUUGGAGAGAAGAUAUUUUUAUACCAUUGUGGAUUCAUUUAUACAAUCAAAGUAUGACCCAGGAUCUAGAUUUGACUGAAUUACUAACAUCCAUAUAUGCAACUGUCUCUGCUAGAAUAGAUUUACGAAAUAAGAAUAUGAAACCGUUGUGGAAUGUGAUAAGUCAUUCUUGUAUAAAUGUUCUGAUUAAACACGUUUAUGGGGAAGCUUCUAAUGAUUCAAAGGGUACUUUCUAUUCAGAUAAUAUGAAUCAUUUGGCAAGAAUAUUACAGUUUUCAAUGACGGAAACUGAGCCUCAUUGCGCUUCUGAUAUUUUGGAUGAUCUGAUCAAAGUUUCCCUGGUUUUAUCACAAAAGGAAUUUAAUAGUGUCAUGCCAAACAAAACAUAUGAUAUUCCUUUCUACUCAAGACGAUUUAUUAGUAUAAUUCUUGCGAUACGGGGGUGUCUAGAAUCAAGAAACUUGGUUCCUACUGAGUGGUACAAGAAAUCAUUGAUUAUCCUUUAUUAUUUGAAUUUUAUUGCAGAUGAUUUUGGUACGGUUGGAUUUAUGUCAUAUGAGUUUGUUUACGGUAUUUGUGUGGAUGGUCUAUUAAUGCAUAAAGACGUUACCGACGUUACUCUGUCAUUGAUUGACUUAUUUCAAAGCCAUUUCAACCCCUCAUUGAGAUAUCCCAAUAAGGUUAAUGAUUCUAGGUUAAUAUUUCUUCUAGAGUAUAUGGAUACUAUUAAUAAAAAAAUCCCUGAUUUGGAUAUCAAGUUUGUUACAAAUAUAGAAUUUCCAAUAGUUAGUAGUCACUUAGUAAGUAGAAUUCAACAAAUCAGAGAAAGUGCCCACACUACAAUGAUGUCAUUACUGCUAAAUACAUCACGCUCUGUAAACUUUUUGCAGUGGAAGAAGGAUCAAGUACAUGAUUAUACCUCAAUGGUAAUCAGCCAAUAUAAUAGCGGAAUGCUAACCAACGACCAAUUACAUAUAAUUUUUAAAAGUAUUGGAUGUUCUCUGCCAUUAAUGCAGACAAUAGAUCGGGACAUGGUUAUGUAUGUAUUACAUGUGCUUUACCGUGCCAUUGUGAAUACACCCCUAAAGAAUCCAGCUCAACGCGUAGAACUUAUCAAAUGCCUGACACUUCAAUUACCGUACUGUCAUCCAAGUCACCUAUCGGAUUGGUUGGAUAACAUUCUUCAACUUAUCACCCAGUCAAGCCUGGACGGGCAAGCUACAAACGAUAUUCUGAAUUGUACUUGGGAUGUAAUAUCUACUAUGCAUAGCGACAUAUCACUGAGAUGGUGGUAUACAAACAUGACAUCUGACAAAUGUCGACUCUAA